UCUUCCGGUCCCUCCAGCUGUUCAUUGUUGCUGGCGGAGCGGCUGUAUGUGGGCUGGCUGAAAUAACCUUAGAUGUGUUUUACUGGACCGAAUAACCUCUCAGCUUUGUAGAUUUGUGCACGUCUAACAGCCACAUUCUCCCUGGACAUGGGGGACAAGGCAGGUACCCGGGUAUUCAAGAAGUCCAGUCCAAAUUGCAAGAUUACAGUAUACCUGGGGAAAAGGGAUUUCGUGGAUCAUUUAGAUCAGGUGGACCCUGUAGAUGGGGUCAUCUUGGUGGACCCUGAAUAUCUUAAAGACAGAAAAGUGUACGUAACGCUAACCUGUGCCUUCCGUUAUGGCCGCGAGGACCUGGAUGUCCUUGGUCUUUCUUUCCGGAAAGACCUAUACAUAUCCACAUUUCAAGCCUUUCCACCCAUACCUGAGGAGCGCAAGCCAAAUACGCGCCUUCAGGAGAGACUUUUGAAAAAACUGGGUCAACAUGCUCAUCCUUUUCACUUCACUAUCCCUCAGAACCUGCCAUGUUCAGUUACCUUGCAGCCUGGUCCUGAGGACACUGGAAAGGCCUGUGGAGUUGAUUAUGAGAUCAGGGCUUUCUGUGCCAGGUCAGUGGAGGAAAAGAUUCAUAAACGAAAUUCCGUGCGAUUAGUGAUUCGUAAAGUGCAGUAUGCUCCUGAGAAACCUGGACCACAGCCGAUGGUUGAGACGACACGGAGCUUCCUAAUGUCCGACCGCUCUUUGCACCUGGAGGCCUCUUUAGAUAAAGAGCUGUAUUACCAUGGGGAGCCCAUCAACGUGAAUGUUCAUGUCACCAACAACUCAACCAAAACAGUCAAAAGAGUCAAAACAUCAGUGCGACAGUAUGCAGACAUCUGUCUGUUCAGUACAGCACAGUAUAAGUGUCCCGUGGCUCAGCUUGAGGCUGAUGACCAGGUGUCGUCCAGCUCCACCUUCUGUAAGGUGUACACGCUCACACCCACCCUGAACAGCAACAGGGAGAAGCGAGGACUUGCGUUGGAUGGCAAACUCAAACACGAAGACACCAACCUGGCCUCCAGCACCAUUGUGAAGGAUGGGUGUAAUAAGGAGGUUCUUGGUGUCCUGGUGUCCUAUCGAGUCAAAGUCAAACUGGUUGUCUCCCGUGGAGGGCUUUUAAGCAGCUUACUGGAGAGAGACGUCUCUGUUGAGCUGCCCUUUGUCUUAAUGCAUCCCAAACCUGCCGAUCUCUCCAGCUCUCGGCCAGCCUCAGUUAUUCCAGAGGCAGAUCCACCUAUUGACACCAACCUCAUAGAGUUUGAUACAAAUAGUUUUACCCAGGAUGAUGACCUGGUGUUUGAAGAUUUUGCCCGUCUGAGGUUAAAAGGAACCACUGACGAUAAGGAUGAAGACUACUAAGACUUCCCUUCUCCUUCUGUUCUCUUUCCACUGAAGCCAGAUGCCAUCUCAAAAGCCACAGACUGACACACCCAAACGAACAAUAUCUUAUAAUGAAACUCAUUCCUAAUUUUCAUGUCGUCUUUUUUGUGGAUCCGUUUUUUUUGCCAAAACCUUGGCCAUAUCAUUAAAGGACUUGGAGAUGCUCAACAUUUUUUAACGCUAAAGUGUUGAUAAAAACCCGAGGAAAGGUGCUACAGUUUAAAGAGCAUUGAACACAGAAGGAACAGCCACAGAAAUCAAAUCACUCCACUCAUAAGCAUAUUGUGAGCUUAUGCACCACCUGUGGCAACUUGUAGUUAUUAAAUGCAAGAAAUGGAUUUGGAAUGUGAAUCCAAAAUGAAAGAACCAAUGCCAUUUCAUUAUUCUGUGAUCUGAAGUUGAUUUUGCAAUGUCUUUUAGCCUAAUUUACAUAUAGUUGCUAGGAACAUUUAGUGAAUACUUCUUAAUAUUCACCUGUCAUAAUUGAAAUGUAACGAACAAGCGAUCAUAUUGGGGAUGCCAGUAACAAUGCUCUCAGACAAGCCUCAUCAUCCAGCAUAUUGUUUUUAAAAAGCCUACUUAAACAGGUAGGCAGUGAAGCAUGGUUUAUUACUAAAAUGAUUAUUGCUCGUGUUAUCCAUGGCAUACUAUAUUCAACUCUCAGGUGUACAGGCUCAUUUGUCCUUUAUUCAUUACAUUGCAAUGCAGUGCCCUCUGGGGGAAGAAGUGCUGCUUUUGGUGAAAAUGAAAAUCUUCUGCCAGAUGGAUAGAGAUUAAAUCAAGCCUCAGAAAUUCUCAUGUUAAUACAAGUUUAAUAAUCGUAAAAAGGACAUUGUCAUUUACCUUUUUGUCUUUUGAAUUUCGAAAUUUAUUUAACUUUUUUAAUAAAAAAUUGUAAAAAUUCCAA